AUGGAAGGUGUACCUACAAAAAUACUGGGUCGAGCCACCUUAAGUCUUGGCGGCUUACAAGGUUUGAUAAAUUAAAUAGGAUUACUAUCAACAAACAGAAAGUUCGGCUGCGCCCGACUGAAAUAACGCGACCUACCUUUUAUCACAGUUCAACUUUUAGCUACAAGCGACAAGAGUUUUUCGCAAUAAAUGAAACUUCCAACACGGAGCUCACAAACGCACAUCUACACAGACAUCUUACCCGACCCUGUCCCCCAACCAGGAAGGAAAAUAUGCAUCGCCCGCAUGGAACAAAAACGACCAAAGCGUCCGUCAAAGAGUUAAACGUUUUUCUUUGCCCCGCGCUCGUGACGUGGCGAUUAUGACAUCUUCGACCUCUGUGUUAAGCCCGGUUGAUACCUGUGAUCUUAAUGUCCAUAGUACAUGUACUCAUAGUUCUCAUAUGACAACCUGAGCCUUGAAAUGUGACUAUUAAAGGCUAUAUAUCUUUCUGAACUUCCUCUUAACUUUGUAGCCCUAUCAAUAGAACCAGUUCAAUCGGAAAAGGAGAAAAUGCAGAAGUUGGAGGACGUUUUACGAAAAAAGAGUAAAGAAUUAUCAACGCGUACAAAUUCAGGUAAGUCUUCCUUUAGGAAUAAAUUAUUGGUGUCAUAAUGACUUUUUAGGCCAAUUGCAAAAUUGGAAAAUAUCACGUUACCUUUUAACUAACUAACUGUUUGUAGUUUUUCGGGGACCAAAUACCCAUAUUUUGGAACAAAUUCGCAAUACGUUGUCUCCCUCAAGCUGCAAGGGAGAAAAUUUGUCAUGAACGUUAAGUUUUGCAAAACGUAGUUUCUCAUCAAAAUUAUCAGAUACUAACGAUCCUUGCAAUGAAUUUUAUCAACACAUGUCAAUAAGGAAAAACAAAAGAAUGAAUAAUAACCGUAAUAAUAAUAUCAAUAAUAAUACGUGGCUUAAACCUUGACCUUUGACAUCGCCUUAACGUUUGCAAUGUUCAAAUCGAGCCAAAUCUGGAGAGCAACCGGAGAGCAGUCCAAUUGUAAGUUCGUAUAUAGAGCAAUUUGACAUUGUCGGGAAAGCUCGGGAGAUAAGAAAUCAAGGCAGUGCAGUCGAUCCUACUGUCAGGCAGCCAGCCACCAUUAAGUGGCGAGUUUGUUAAUUCCCGGGAACAAAACUGUCAUUAGAUCACUGUAUUAGUAAAUAGAACCACAGGACGGUUAGAGCAGUUGGAAGAGUGCCGGGCUGCUCUGUGGGAGGUCGUGAGUUCAAAUUUCCUCCUGACCGCCAACCUGGGUCUCCACUCAGAUGAUUGCGUCAUUAUCCUUAUCUCCUUCGUCCUCAUACAGGGAGGGAAACUAGAUGAACUCCCAACAUUGUUCGAAAAGAGUAGGCUCUAUCUGUCUUCUGCUGUCAUUAAUCUGGGUAUAAAAAAGCUGGUGAGAUGACGGACUGCAUACUAAAGCUACUAAGAGUAAAGUGUACCUUUCCCAGGCUAACGUCAGUCUGAUCAUGUCUCACCUCUCUGAUCUAUCCGUGAUUCACUGGCUCCAAGGGUCGAAAAUAGGUACCGUUCUUUAUCAUCAUUGUCAGGGACUAAGCAGAGGGUGGCUGCUUGUAAGAGGUUCGAUUGUAUUUACAGUAGGGUAUGAAACGCAUUCCUUAAAGGGACACAGUCAGCUAUUGGACCGCGCUGACCUGGACACUACUUUUGCCAGUUUAUCGAAUGUACGCGUAGGAUACAUCUAGAAAUCCGCCUCAAUCUUUCCUAGUGUUUCAUUCGAUCCUCGAUCUUUUACAGAAAACGUCUUUUUUAGCAAACUUUACUCAUGCUAUAACAAUAUUUUAUCAUAUUUGGCUAAAAACAGUAUCCAAAGGAACAUGAACAGAAGAGGUGAGAAACGCGUAGGCCCCGGGGUAGAGAAAUCGCCUUCGUUUACAAAAAUAACAAAAUAAAAUAAACCAGUGACAUUGGCGAGCAUCAUCAGAAACUCAAGACCCAAAUUAAACACUCAAGCGGACUCCAUCCGGGCGAAACUUUUUAUUUAAUUGUUAGUUUGCUCCAUUUUCACGCCUCGAUUUAACUUUACAAGUUUUUACAUAUUCCUGACACUUUCUUUUUCUGUAUAUAUAUCACCAAUUCAUGCUAAUUUUCUUCGCAUUUGAUAAUGAUGACAUGGUGUCAUCAAAACGUCGUGUUAUAUAUAUUAUAUAUAUAGGAAUUCACUGAUGGAUUUGUCCAGGGAAAGCCGAACAUGGACGAAUACUUCUGAAUUCGAUCAUUAGUUGAGCUGAGAAAUGACACGGAGUCUGCAUGAAUCAUUGUCGAAGGUUCAAGGUCGAGAAAGCUUGACUUUCCAAACAUAUGUAACAUUUCCAGCGAUUCUCCAAAUAUAUAUAUAACGAUUAUUUGCUCCUGAUAACGAUCGAUUUCGACGUACAUUUUAAAAGAACAAUCAACGAAAAAAAAUAUAUAUAUAUAUAUAUGUAUAUAUAUAUAAUGAGUGCUCUGAUACGGCAUAGGGUCUAUAAUCAGGAUUUCGGCUUGUAACUAGGUGAACUCUACAAGUUUUGUUUAGAGUAUUCCAGAUGCGCUUCUCACUUUCUGUUUCACGCGCGUGUCUUGUGAUAUGCAAAUCAGCUAAGAAACAAUGAAAUGCGCAUGUGAAUCAGCUGACUGUGUCCCUUUAAUACCCAGGUAACUACUUUUCAUACAGUGAAUUAAAUAUUUUAUUGUUAUCUUUAUAUAAGGCACAAAGAUUUUGCAAGGCGAACCCAAAAUACCUUCCAAUGACUGCAACUUUAUUGGCCGCGAUAAAGAGGUUGAGCAGAUCGCAAACCUUUUGAAGACCGAGUCAACCCGUAUCAUCUCCGUCUAUGGCCCACCAGGAUCUGGCAAAUCUGAAGUUUCAAAAGCAGUGGGACAAAAUCUCAAAUCCCAAGGAAAGGCAAUUUAUCAUAUUGACCUUAUCAACAUUGACAAAGAGGACGACCUUAUAUCAGGCAUUCUGCGCUUUUUCUGCGAUCAGCGUCUGGGACCAUUAAACGCCACUGACUUCCUUUUGAAACAGUUUAGCUUAAUUGAAGAUUCUGUCUCACCUUGUUUCAUUCUAGAUAAUGCCGACUGCUUAUUGCAAUCAGAAUCAAGAGAUCGCUUUAUUCACUUGAUAAGGCAGAUUUUAACAAACUGUGAAACUGUAAAAAUUCUGAUUGCUUCGAGGGAAUCAUCCGAGUUUACAACGUUACAGCCGCUAGGAAUAAAGAUAGUGAAAGUAGCAUUAAAUUUAGAUCACGAAUCUUCUGAGAAACUAGUGCGGAAAUGGUUUCCUUAUGCCUGUGAUGCAAACUGUAGGAAUAUCGCAAAUUUUUGUGGACAUAUGCCUUUUGCCAUUCGGCUAUUUUGCAACAAUAUGCCCCAAAAGGAAAAGUUGCCUUUAAACCAAGCAAUAGACAACUUCAUCCGUUUGAUUAAAAGUGAUCUUUCUCGGAUGGAUGAUCAAGAGGAAUUAAAACAUGACAGACUGAAUUUCAUCUUGGAAUCAUCAUACCAGACACUGUCACCGCAAAACCAAGAACACUACUUAUCCUUGUCCGUGAUUCCUGGCAUUUUUUCUGUGGACGUUGCUGCAGCUGUGUGGGAAAUAUCAGUGGAUGAUGCUGAACGGACCCUGAGGAGCUUUCAGCGAAAGUCACUUAUAGAAUCGUACUUGAAAACAGGAUCAUACAAAAUUCCCAAAAUUCUUCACCUAUUUGCGAAGCAAAAGGGAGAACAGCAAAUGAAGGAAGUUCUUUUCAAGUCGAAAGCCCGAUUACGGCAAUUCUAUAUCUCGCUUUUCACUACCCUCAAUGAACGCUUUCUUUCAGGACAGUCCAAGUCCGCUUUCAUGGAUUUUUAUCAACACAAACAGAAUAUCAUCUCAAGUCUAAUUGACGGUUGCUCAGACGGUUCAACACGCGACAAUGUUUUUAAAGCCCUGACUCAGGGAAUGUUGUUUUUAGACACGGUUUUGUGGAGCGACCGAGCUUCCUUUGACAAAAUCUAUGAUACCGCGUUAACUAAGGCAACACAGCAUGAUAAUAUGACCAACUACAAUCACUUGUUGCUUGCGAAGGGAUUCAGUGAAGUAGCUUGGCGAUCAGAAGAAGGAGAAACAUUGCAGCUGCUUUCUUCUAAAGCAAACGAAGUUCUGGCCAGCAGUUCAGAUGAACAGAAAGGAAAAUUAUUUUUCUGUCUUGGAAUCCACAAGCUCUCAAAUGGACAUAUCAGGGAUGGUGUUGAAAAUCUCAAAGAGUCUCUCGCGCAUUUAAAGGAUACAACUGAUCCCACGCUGAAAAUCUUAAAGACCAUUAUGUUUCAGAUUGUUGCCAUAUAUUAUGAAUCAACAGCCAAUGAAACUGAGGCUACCAAUUUUUUCAAAAAUGCAAGAGACGAGUGUAAAGCUUGGAAGAACUAUCACCUUUUUCUUAGCGCGAAAGAGAAAAUAAACACUGAUGAACAAAAUCUGCCGCUGGUGUUGGAGGUACAUUUCCUUAUUACCAAGGCAACCAAGCUUUUCUCGUCAGCUGAAAGAAUGAAAUCCUUUGAAGAGAAUGUUCUCCAGAUGAAAGAAAAUACUGAUCCAAACCUCCUCUCAUAUACUAAAGGUGGUUCAUUUUAUCUCCAUCGGUUUAUCGCUGGUGUACUUGCAGAGAUGACCAGAUACGAAGAAGCAAUCCAAUUAAUUCAGAAUUUAAUCGAUGCUCAGGAGAAGGUUUUAGUCAACGAUGUAAAUCCAGUGGACCAAGCCGAGAGUAGCAACGAUGACCACAAGAAAGCAUUGACGAGAAGCUACUCGUACCUCGCUGUUCUUCAAUCACGAAUCAAAGAUUACAAGGUAAGCGUUGAGUCAGCGAGGCGCGCUCUGGACUAUACAAUAGACCUAUGUGGCGAGGAACAUUCAGACACAGCCGACGGUUAUCAUGAACUAGCGAACAUCAUGAGGACCCUAGGAGAUUGUAAUUCAGCUUUACUCUUUCACCAGCGUGCACUUGACAUUCGGUUAAAUCUUCCUGUAGAAAACCCCUUAAAAGUGGCUGCUAGCUAUCAUGAAUUAGGGGUAACACAAUGGGAAAUGAAAGACUAUUCCUCAGCGUUGCAGUCUCAUGAGCAGGCACUUCAAAUCAGAUUAGAGAAUCUGGGUGAUAAGCACAGAGACACUGCGAAGAGUUUUCAUGAGUUAGGAGUUACACAGUGGUUUCUGGAGAAAUACGAGUGUGCACUUGACUCACACGAGAAAUCACUAUCAAUCGUACAAGAUGAGAUAGGAGAAAAUUCAAUUGCAACGGCAGACAGCCUCCAUGAAAUAGGAAAGACAUACUUCUGUCUGGGAGACUACCAUGCGGCUCUACAUUCACAUCUGGAUGCAUUUAGUACCAGAUUAGAUGUUCUAGGUGAGCAUCACACUGACACUGCCAACAGUUGCUAUGAAAUUGGUGUAACGCAGUUUGAAAUGGGAUGGUAUCACUCCGCUCUUGAGUAUCACAUGCGAGCACUGAAAAUAAGACACGUACUGUAUACAGACACACCGCAUGCAGAGAUUGCUCAAAGCUACUACCAAUUAGGACGCACGCAAUAUCAGAUGGAAAACUUUGACCAAGCUGUUGAGUCUCUCAACUGUGCACUCUCCGUUAGAAGAGAUCUACAGCAAGAACAACACAUUGAUACAGGCGACAUCUUUUAUGAGCUGGGAAGAGUCUUUCAUCGCAAAAAUGACCACACGUCAGCUUUUGUAAUGCACCAGUUUGCUCUUGGUAUCCGAAAGUUUAAAGUGGAUAAAGAAGACGCAACAGUUGGCGACAGUCUGUUUCAGCUGAGUCUACUACAGAGCAAACGUUGGAGAUUUAACUUGUCUCUUCAGUUGCUUAAACGAGCUCAAGACAUCUGGUUGAAAUGCGUUAACACCAAGCAUAAAGGCACUAACAGUUACGUCGAGACAGGCAGCGCUCUGACAAAAGAUGGUCAUUCACUUGAGCAUGCCAUUCGAAUAAGGACGGAGAAGACUGCAAAAAAAGUAAAAGAGGUAGAGGACUUUCCCUACGAGAGGCAAUUAAAGGAAUUACUAUCGCAAGAUUACAAAUCAUCUCUUCAGCUGCACAAUCAUGUAUCAACGAUUAUUCUUGAUUAUCCAUUAGAUGUGCAGAAACACAAAAAUUCAUUAAGGAAACUUCUUUGCAGAUUAAAAGAACAACUUCUAAAAGAGGCAAGUCGUUACUUUGACCAUGGAAACAAAGCAAUCGAUGCAGGUGACCUGGUUAUCGCACUACAUUUGCAUCAGCGAGCUCUUGACUUAAGAACGACGCUGCUCAGUGAAAGGCAUGAAGAUACAGCCACCAGCUACUUUUCAGUGGGAGAAGUACAAUAUGAAAUGAUGGACUACACUAAAGCUCUUCAGUCACAUCAGCGAGCACUUGAAAUAAGACGUGAGGGACUUGGUGAUAACCACCCAAAGACAACCAAAAGUUAUAGGCAACAGGCAAUUGGCAACAGACAAUACAGAUUGGGAGAUCACUUUUCAACCCUUUAUUCACACCAGAGCGCACUUAAAAUUUAA